CUGGAGUCUUUGUUGAUCCACUGCUUUCAUAAACAGAAGCGUAUUGAGCGGUAGCUUCAUCCAUCUCAUUCUUGAACAGUUGACCUAUUUAAUUGUUGGCGCUAGGUUGUGCUGCUGCGUCACGUGAGUUGCACUUUACUUUUUUAGUUCAGCCAAAUAGGAUAUCUAGGUUAAUAUUUCUGGCACAGAUUCAGGAUUCCGUAACCAAUCUACGUUACAGGGUAAAGCUGAACGUUUUAUUUACAUAUCUAGUCAGUCGAGAUGAAGUUUUGCACCAGCUUCAGGCAGCCAAUAAAGGGGAUACUGCGUUAGAAAAUAAAGAGAAAACGCGCCUAAAUGUCUAUCUGUAUGGGGGAAAUAAUGCGGAUUUUUCCUCCAUGUUGCUUUGUUUAAAAUGUUGCUGAACUGUCUACUUUUCUUCUACAUACUCGCAGACCCUAGAGAGAUUAAUCUCCCAAGUUCGGGAGUUUUUGGGAAAAUCUCCGAAGUCAAAUGACCUCCACUAAGGUUUAGAGGAGUUUUCGAGGAAAUAUUAGGGUGUUCUCUGAGAUCUGGAAGUUUGGGGGAAAUGGUGGCAUUUCCCAAAAUUUUUUCCAUAGUACUAUGGGUGGCUUCCCCAAAACUGGGUGAUCGGGGAUUUGUCUAACUUCACUUCAAUUUUUAACACACCUUUGGCCUAGCUUCAAACGUCUCAUGUAUUCGUCUUUAUUUCCAUAAUAAACCACACGGUAACUGCAAUCGAUGUUAAAAACUGUACAUGUCGAAAUAAAUUUAUUGAAAAGAAAAAACGUCUUAUUGUACAACAUUAUGAAUAGCUGACAGAUGCUAGUGUAUCGAUCGUUAUGCAUAUUAGCUAUGAUUGCCAAGUUAGCCUAAGCGCUCAAGCUGAUAAUUGAAGAAAUUCUUCACGGGUAAAACAGCGAUUUAGGGGGAUGUUUAGACGAAACGGAAUAAGAUAUGAUGUAGGAGACGCGUUCGACUACAUCACUCGCUAUCCUUAGUUCAGGUGUUGACGCAGACCAGUCCUGAAGCAACAACUUGCAUUUAGAGGGAGAGAAGUGCAUUCCAAACAUUCUGGUAUUGUUGCUUAGUGCUACCAGAAGACUGCAUUUUGUCAGCGUCUUCACAAAACAGGACUAUGUCAUCUGCGUAUUGUAAGUUGAUGAGUGGACCUCCUGGAAGAUCGAUACUCAAGAAUGCAGUCGACGAGAACGUUAUCUCCAUCAGUAGAUCUAUGAUGAAGUAUUACUCAGAGAGAUUGAUACACAACGCACACAUGCGUUUUCAGCCGCUUCUGUUGCGUGUCUUGUAGCAUAUUACGAAUGUAUUCUUAUUAACAUAAUGAGGAAAAGCUAACUCGACUCGUAGAAUUCCUUCCUUUUUCAUCCUCCCUAGUAAUCCCUCAUACUAUGGAACCACUUUUGCAUAGUGCCUCGAUAGGUACUGUCCAUUCCUAACAUUAGUGUAAUCGAGGUUGCCCCCAGCAGAAAUGGGUGUCGGAAAUUAAGAAAUAUGGGCUUUGCGUCAACAUUGGCGACUAGCGGCUGUAUGUAAACCUGUCAUACAUUGCUUAUCGCUACUCCCCCCUUUUGCUUAUGUUCAUUAAUCAGUAUUGUUUGCGAUCAUUGCAUGAGCCCGAAAAUAUUUACACGUGAUUUGACUGUACUACUUGCUGAAAAAGUUUAUUUAAGCUACUAUCAGAAACCUAAAAAAUUCCAUCUAAAUUAUUUCAGACUACACUUUUAACUAGUUACUUAGACAUAUUCGUUCAAUCUCAUUCAUAACACAAUCGCUCUCGAGAAUCAUCGAUGGUCAUUUGAUCAGUGAUGUCUGUAUUUCAUGACGAAAUAGAGAUCGAGGAUAUGGAGUAUGAUGAAGAAUCCGAAACGUAUUCCUACCCUUGUCCGUGUGGUGAUCGAUUCUUAAUUACCAAGGAGGAUUUAUUGUGUGGUGAUGAUAUAGCACGAUGUCCAAGCUGUUCUCUUUACGUGCGUGUUAUCUAUGAUAUGGAAAAUAUACUUCCCAACUUGAAAGAAUCAUCAGCUGAAAUAAUGGUUUCCUAAAGAAUUUCUAAUAAUUUCACACAAAUCUCAACCGACAAACAUUUCUUGAAUCUGUUCUUUUGAGUCAUGAUCACUAUAAGAACCUCAUGAACGACCUUAACCUAAGCCAUUUUCAUCGGUCUACAGAAAACUAACUUUCAGUUCAUAUUUUUCUACUUUUCUUUCAUCAAAUACAACUGACUAAUCUGGUAUGUGUUUUACAUAGUUUAUAUUAUUUGAUAGAUCAAAACGUGUAUGCUGUUGUGAUUCGUACUAACAACAUUUGAAAUUUAGAGUUACUUGUAUUCUUCAUUUGUACAGUAGGAUGAAAAUUACCUAAGUGUAAAUGUAUA